AAUAGAUUAAUCAUAAGGUGAAUUGAGUUGUCAAAACAAGACUAGUACAACUGUAACACUAUUUUAUUCUAGAAUAAAAAAAAUGAAAGAAAAAGUUGUAGGCUUUUUGCCAGAGUAGAAUCACUUGUUUGAGAAGUAAAGAUUUCGUUUUUACCAAUACAAUUCAGAGAGAAGCCUUAGAAAAAUCCAAGGAGCUUUGGUAGGAUUGCUUUUUGGGAAAUGGGAGUUUGAGAAUUUUGAGUUUCUCCUCUUUUACUUUCUCCUUGUUAUAAAGCUAUCAUGAUAUGGACCAAAUGAUCAAACUCCAAUUAUUCUAAUCCUCUGUUUUUGUCUGCUCCCUCUGUCUCUUUCUCAUUCAGACUUUCACUGCCUCAUUUAUACAAACACUUUGUGUGCGGAUAGAAAAUGAAGAGUAAAUUCUGCUGUUUUGUCUUAAUUAUAUUCGCACUUUGUUUAAUCUCUGUUAGAAGCAGGCCUUUGGCAUCAAAUCUCAAUUCUUUGCAGAACAAACUGAGUACAAAUGAGGUAAACAUGAGCAAUAAAGAACAAGGACAAGUGAAAGAAACAGAGGAAUAUACUGAUAUGAAUAAAGAAGAGAAGAAAAUGAUAGGAUCAAGUCCACCGAGUUGUGAGCACAAAUGCUAUGGAUGUAUGCCGUGUGAAGCCAUACAAGUGCCAACCAACACAGGUCGAGUGGGAGUUCAGUACACUAACUAUGAGCCAGAAGGCUGGAAGUGCAAAUGUGGCCCUGCAUUUUACACUCCUUAGACUACUCGUCCGACUAAUUCAGAUUUGUGGGGUUCAUUUAAACCUUGGACCAUCUCUAAUUUAUAGCUGCUAGUAGUCGAUUGAUAGUACAAAGAGAGCUAGUUCAGCAGUUUAAAGUGCUUAUCAGCACCUAAUGCUUAUCAGCUACUCUAAAUCAGCUAAGCCAAACGGGCUCUUAGUCCUAUGUCAAGUUGGAAUUAUUUUUAUGUUGUAUGAGUUAUGACUUAAGAGUGUGUAUAGUGGAAGAAUGUUUGUUGAAGUUAGUAAAUAGUAAUAGUUGUGUAGAAAAGAAAGAGUAAUGCAGCUUUCAUUAAUGGUUUAAAUUUACUCCCAACAUUUUAUCUUCA